AUGCUGAUCGGUGGUCCUAUAACUCCUGCACAGGUGGCGGUUUUGCUCGGAAUCAUACCCAUAUUUGCAGCUUGGAUCUAUUCCGAGUUGUUGAAAUACAAGAAGUAUUUAGUCUCUGCCAAUGCGCAAUUGGAUGUGAAUUUGGCUGAAGCAGGGAACCGCACAUUUAAGGAAGAUAACAAGGGGGGAGGUAUCCAGUCAGCCUGUUCUAAAUAUCCAAGUCCAACUAGAUCUCCUAUUAUCAGGUUCCUUUCCAUGGAUGGGUCUUUCUUGAUUGGAAACCGAUUGAUGCUUAGAGCUAUGUCUGAAUUUGGUCUUCUUAUAGGAUAUUUUUACUUGUGUGACCGUACGGAUUUCUUUGACUCGGCAACAAAGAGUUACAGCCGGGAUCUCUUCUUGUUUCUCUACUUCCUUCUCAUCAUAGCUUGGGGAAUACCUUCUUUCAAGAUACAUCAUGAAAAGUCACCAUUCACAGGGAAAUCCAUACUUUAUUUAAACAGGCAUCAAACAGAAGAGUGGAAAGGCUGGAUGCAGGUCACAACUGCUGUAAAAUGCGGUGAAACUCGAUUCCAUCAUCACAUGAUAUAUGGGGUACUUGGUUUUCUGAACAAGUAUAAUGAGAUUGGGCUGGUAAUCGCUGUGAAAAUCGUUUCUUGCUUCUUGCUAGUUAUCGUAGUAUGGGAAGUACCUGGAGUGUUUGAUUUGGUUUGGAGCCCACUUACAAUCCUUCUUGGUUACACUGACCCAAAUCCUUCUAGAUCACAUCUGCCUCAUAUGCAUGAGUGGCAUUUCCGUUCUGGACUUGAUCGCUACAUAUGGAUAAUUGGGAUGAUAUAUGCGUAUUAUCAUCCAACUGUUGAAAGGUGGUUGGUGAAGCUGGAAGAGAUGGAAGCAAAGCGUAGAAUAUCAAUAAAAACAACUCUUGCACUGAUAUCUCUAGCGGUGGGAUAUGCGUGGUUCAUGUCUGUUUACAAGCUAGACAAGAUUAGUAACAACAAAUACCAUCCAUAUACCUCGUGGAUUCCGAUAACGGCCUACAUAUGCUUGAGGAAUGUCACCCAGCAUGUACGCAGCUUCAGUUUGACAUUUUUUGCAUGGCUGGGAAAUAUAACUCUAGAGACCUACAUCGCACAAACCCAUAUCUGGUUGAGAUCAGGUGUUCCAGAUGCUCAGCCAAGAUUGUUGAUUUCUCUAAUCCCUGACUACCCAUUAUUAAACUUCAUGCUCACUACUUCCAUAUACAUCGCAAUUUCUCAGAGACUCUUUGAACUGUCGAAUACAUUAAAAAAUGCAUUUGUGCCCAGUAAAGACAACAAGCGCAUUAUCUACAACAUGGUUGCAGCAAUAGCAGUCUCAAGUAUUUUAUGCUCCUUGUCUUUGGUAUUCCUAAAAAAUCCCUUCAAUAUUGGUAAGACUCGCUUUUUUGAUCAGGUAGUUCGACUUUUAAGUCAGUUUGUCAACAUUAUGAGUUAUCUUCAGCAUAUAGUCGGAACAACUCUCAAUUUUAGGAUUUGGAGUUGGAAUGGCCCUGUUUAUAUGCCAGACCUUUACAGUCAAGACAAGGCGAAGUGUAAAUAA